GCGACUUGUUGGACGUCGCAUUUGUCUUAUUAGAUUAUCAGUAAAAGAGAAAUCGGAACUUGAAACAAAAGGGCACAACACUACAAACUGUAUGACCUCCAUCCCACCAAACUACCUGCGUUUGAAGCGCCACGGACUCACCAUCUUUCUUCAUUGCGACUUUCACCAGGACACCGUUCAGGUUAUCAAGGAGCGUAUCGAGAAGCUGACAGGGAGAAUCUUUUAUAAAAUACGGCUAUACUUGGAGAGGCAGAACUUAGACGACUACUUGAGCUUGGAGAGCUGCGGUAUCGAUCAAGAUGGCACGGUAUUACUGAUGGUUCACAGUAAAGGUUCCACUGUGGAUAAUGAGCUUGUGUGGGAAAAUGUUGAGGAGGCCAUCAAUGAACGGUCGGUGCCCUAUUCCGCAGCGAUAUCCGGUAGCGAAGAGAUGGCAACGCCAGUUGCCGAUGGAAUUAUUGUAGAACAGAAGACAACUGGAACCCCCGCUGCUAAUGAUGCUCAGACUUUAUCCAUGCCCACACAUGUUGAGUUUUCUCAAGAUACUAUAGCCUAAAGAUUUUGUAAACAAUAUAAAAUCAACGAUGCUCUUCUAAAGAUGACGCUUAUCUGAAGGAUAUCAUAAAAAGAUCACUACUUUUAUUUGUAUUUUUUGAAUUUAAAUUCUUAUUUAUUCCCUUUAAUGAGUGCAUUUGGCUUUAUUUGGGGGAAGAAAAAGCAAAUAAAUGUUGUGAGGUGGUGUUUCAUUUCCUAACCCUUGUUUUAUGAUGUAUUGAAGCGGUUAUUCAUAGCCGGGAUAAAAUAUUUGUCCUUGAAAACUAUGUAUAUAGUUUUUGGUUU